GGCUGGCUGGCUAGCAUGGCGGCUAUGGAAGAACAGCGUUUUGAGUUCACUGUGGUGAGGAAUCAGCCCCUGAAGCCGAGUCGGAAAACGUUGCCUGUCUACGAUAAACUCAAUCGAGCAGAGCGCUACUACCAGGUGCUAGCCAAUGAAGACCUGAAACAACUGAAAAGAGUAGAAGCGGCUCUCCGAGAUGUGAAAGGGGUUGCAAAGAGUCGACUGACGGUGCGCUUCGACAGCCAAACUUCGGCCGCGAUUUUCGGCGAGAACCACGACAGUCUACAAACUCUAAUCCAACUAUACCGACCUCGAACCCUACCGCCAUGUCUCGUGAAGAAUUACAUCGCACAAAUAUGCGCGAUCUGCAUCGAUCUUCACGAUCGGAACCUCGUGUUGCAAGGCGCGCUGCAGUUGGGCUCGUUCGCCAAAGAGGCCACCGACCACGUAUUUCUCAUGAGUAGCUUCGGAGUCCAGUCUGCGUCGGAUUGGAACUCGAAAAAAGCGUGUCCUCUGUACAUCGCCCCUGAACUCAUACGCUCUCUCUCCUCUCUGAGCACGACCAAGUUAACCCCCUGUGAUAUGUUUGCAGCAGAUGCCUACAGCGUGGGACUUUGCGGUCUUAUGCUAGCUACCGGUCGAAGCCCUUUUACACUGCCGUACACAAAGUCCUUCACGGCGAAAAAUCUGCUGGAAGCGAAACUGAGGCACAAUCCUGAGAUUCCGGAUGAUCUCGACAAUGAACUUCGCUGCCUGCUCGUGCAUCUGCUCGAGCGAUCUCCAAGAAAACGAAUGACUAUGCAUGAAGCGGUUCAGCAUCCAGCGCUUCGUUGCCACACGGAUCUGUACCUGGGACUCUCUCCCCAGGGGAAGUCCGCCGCAAUUUCGGAAGGCUGCGUCAGACGAUGCGGGACCUCAGAUCCCUCGGUCCAAACUCAGGUGGACACCUCCUACGCGAUGGAAGCAAAGACUUUCACUAGGAGUCCGACUCCCCCUCUUCUGGCGCUCGAUCCUUCAGCCGAACCAUUUUGUCUUUGGCUCAACGAGCCAUUGGGCGAUAUCGAUGACAAGAGCAGCAGCAGCGAAAACAACAAUGACGAAAAUAAUAAUGGACGCAGUGACUUGUGAUGGAAGCAUCGUCUAGAUCUCAGUAAACAUAAAUAACAAACAAAA